AUGACAACAAAGCGCCGCAACCACGGACGAUCGAAGCCCCCAAGCUCCCGGGGUCGCACAAACCCGGUGCACUGCUUCAACUGCGGGCGCCUGGCUCCCAAGGAUAAGGCCAUUCGCCGCUUUGUGGUGCGUAGACUGUUGGAUCAGGCAUCUGCUCGUGAUGUGGCUGAAGCCUCUCCAGUGUAUGGCGCUGGCUUCCCUAUGCCUAAGAUGUACAUGAAGCAGCGCUUCUGCAUUGCGUGUGCAAUUCACAAGCGUGUUGUGCGCGCUCGCCCUGUUGAGGCCCGCAAACGUCGUUUCACUUCCAAGGUUCCAUUUCGUCCAACUGCUGGUAAGUAG